AAAACUUAAUAUAAUAAUUAUUUUCUCCCACUUAUUAUUAUUAUUUAUUACGAUGAUAAAAAUCAUAUAAAUAAGUACUCCCAUCCUGAAUUUUAAUUUAAGAGAAAAAAAAAUCUUUUUAAAAAAAAAAAUGAAAAAGGGGACAAUUUUUGUAUCUUUAUUGUUGCUUUUAUUAAGUAUAGUAAGAGCACAAGACGGUGCUCCUACUGCUGGAACGCCUACACCAACAGCUUCGCCCGCACCCAAUGGAAUAGAAACAUGUUUAGAAAUCAGUCAAUGCGGAGAUGAUCAAGCUUGCCGUGCGAAAUGUGCAGGUGUACCAAAUCCUACUGAACAACAAGUUAAUGAUACAAUAGCAUGUAUAGGAAAGUGUAAUCCAGCGGAUCCAAAUUACGCAGCUUGCAGAGAUUCAUGUAUUGAUACUUAUUAUAACCCGAAACCAACAUUUACCUCUUCAACUAUCCCUCCUUCAACUAUCCCUCCUUCAACUAUCCCUCCUUCAACUAUCCCUCCUUCAGUAUCUACCGCAUCCACUUCAGCCGCAUCCUCGAAUAAAGCAUCACCUACUCCAAUUUCUAGUGUUGCCGUUAAAACAACAUCGUUUUCUACAUUGUUGUUAACUUUCAUAAUUUUUAUGACAAGUGUUUGUUUUUCAUUAGAUAAAUAAUAUUUUAUUUAAUAUAAUUCUAGAAUAAAAAUUAUUUAAUUACUUAUUUUGUCAAUCUUCUAAUAAAAUAACAUUUUUAUACUAUAAUUUUAAA